AUGCUUAAUUUCUCAAUCAUUAGUUGAAGAAAAAAUGCAGAAAGCUGUACUGAAAUUGGAUGUUUGCUGUGAAAGAACCAAACAAAAAGCUAUGUCAACAGUCUGUUGUCUAUCAGGAGUCCAGUCGGUAGACGUUAAGGAAGGUAAACUAACUGUGGUCGGAGAGAUUGAUGCCUUUAUGAUUGUGAAGAAACUGCAGAAGAUAUGUUAUACCGAGAUAAUCACGGUUGGGCCGGCUAAAGAACCCGAGAAGAAGCCUGAGCCGAAACCUGAUCCGAAACCCCAAGAAGUAAUUUGUCACUAUAUCCCCACAUGUUUUCCACCUUACUAUCAUAAUUUCAACGGAUGUGACCACUAAAAUCCCCAUGGUUGCGUAAUCUCAUAAAAAGAAAAAAAAAGAUUGGACCAAGUCGGUACCCAAUUCUACCCUUAUAGUCAUUUGUCAUCAGUUUCUUUGUACUCAAUGGUUUUGCUAUGUUGUUGCUGUAAUGCUCUAAAAUUUAAAUAUAGUUUGUAAAAGUGCAACAUCCCACUUCAUGGUAUAUGAAGGUGUACGUGGAAAAGUUUUUAAAAAUUGAUUUGUCUACUUAUACAUCAAAAUACUUUUAUUUUCAGUUAUUAGUCUUGAUAGAACUUCAAAGUUAGGUGUAUUUCAACAUGAAUAUUAUACUGGAUGGUGAACUA